GAAAAUGGUCAUCGCGUAAUCGUCCAGCCGUUCGCCAUCGAAUCGGUAAAUCUGUUGCUGGCUAGUGUGACUCACUGAGUCUUUCAUUUUGUAAAAUAGGAAUAUGGUAGAUACAUUUUUCUCUAAGUAUUUAACUUCAUUAACCGCGUUUUGACGUUGCGUGUCAUGUGUGAAUAGCAACAUAAAGCAAUAGUGUAGUGUUAACGAAUUGAAGAUUGUCCUGAAGCGUACGGUGUGAUUGAUAUCGUGUUGUUUUAUUAGUACAACGGAUUUUUGACGAGAUGCAGGCGAUCAAGUGUGUUGUAGUUGGUGAUGGUGCCGUCGGUAAAACAUGUCUCCUCAUCAGUUAUACUACGAAUGCCUUCCCAGGAGAAUACAUACCUACAGUGUUCGACAACUAUUCGGCGAAUGUGAUGGUGGACGGGAAGCCAAUCAACCUGGGGCUCUGGGAUACGGCUGGUCAAGAGGACUACGAUAGGCUGCGACCACUCUCCUACCCGCAGACGGAUGUCUUCUUAAUAUGCUUCUCGCUCGUCAACCCUGCCUCCUUCGAAAACGUCCGCGCUAAGUGGUACCCUGAAGUGAGACAUCACUGUCCGUCGACCCCCAUCAUCCUUGUGGGAACUAAGCUCGAUCUUCGUGAAGACAAGGACACCAUUGAGAAGUUGAAGGACAAGAAACUUGCUCCCAUCACCUGGUCACAGGGCCUAAGCAUGUCCAAGGAGAUUGGUGCAGUGAAGUACCUCGAGUGUUCGGCGCUGACGCAAAAGGGCUUGAAGACUGUAUUUGAUGAGGCGAUACGAGCGGUACUCUGUCCCGUACAACCGCUGAAGAAGAAAAAGCCAACCUGUAAUAUUCUAUAAAGAGCGAGUUUCAGAUAGCAUAGACCAGCAGAGACUACACGCAUCAGCACAUAGAUGAAUGGUCUGCAAAUGCAUUGAUAGAUGUUAAUCCUCUAAUGUUAAUAUAAUCAUUAAUGUAACGUGGUGUGAGUGAGGUCCGUUUUACCGCUUUUGUAUAAUCUGUGGAAUGACAUUGACAGUUGUCUAUGGUAAAAUAUGGCAGUGGUUUUAUACAGUUUCAAAUAUUUUGGGUGCUUUCCCUGACACUAAAAUAGAAUAAAUACAUUCCUACAUUUAAUGAAAUGCUAUUUAAUGCCCACCAUUUGUUUUCGUCUUACAUUUUGGAUAUUUUCUCGUGAAUCAGUUUUUAGGUGAAAUUGUUGAAAUUUAUGUUAGGCAGAGAUUAUAUUUUUCGAUUAUUGCUUAUUAUGUUUUCAAUUGUUGUAUUUCAUAUUCGAUAAGUACAUAUUCAGUAUUCGCUAAGAAUUUAUAUUCAUAUGAUGUAAGAUAAACUAUCUUUAACGUCGGCAAAUUCAAUAUCAAAAUGGAGCCAUAAAGGUACAAAUGUUCGGACAUCGUUUAAUGUUGUGAAACUUUGAGGCACCCGUUUGCGGGCUUAAGUACAUAUCGGAAAGCUAAGCUUAAGCAAUAAGCCGAGACUAUGAUAUCUUCACUAAUACCAACCUUAUAAAGGUGUAAAAUAUUAUUCUGAAAUUAAUAAAAUGCUCAUAAAAUGACAUAGAUUCUUAUAUAGUAGUGCACAACAAUUUGUCCCAUACUUGGUAAAUUCCCGUCUUAUACAUAUUGAUAAAUUUAUUUAAGAAUACAGUACAAUUUUAAUUCAGCUAUUGUAUAGUGGAGAUAUCAUAUUACUAUUGCAUUACACCGCACAAUUUAUGUAUAGCAUUGUCCGGCCGAAUUCAAAUAGGCGUUUGUGUCUUCGGUCGUUAGGUUAGUAUGGGGAGAUAAUUCGCUAUAUGAUACCGGGUUUAGGCUUUAAUUGACUCGAUUCUAUGGCCUCUAGCUAUUUUAUAUCUAUGUACCGAUUAUGGUUACGUUAAUUACUGUCUAAAUCCACUCCUAAGGUAAUAUUAAUUAGAUGUAACGAAUACGACGCGUCUUAAGUGUGUGCAAUUGUUACUGCUUGACGUUUCGAUUCUUUCGUUCUGACGUUACGAUGCCAUCAAUUGUUAUUAUUAAAUUUUUGAAAAUAGAACUAGUUGCUUGGUGCAUCUUGAGAGACAAUAUUUUGUAGUCUGUGAAAAAAAAUUUAAAACGUCGAGUUUUUCAUUAUAUUGUAUCGCAAAAAUACUGUUGUACCCCUGUACAUUAUAUUGUACCCCUAAGAACUUUUAUAGAAUAUUAGCCCUAUUUAGUUAAACAUUUUUUUUGUGACAGGGUUGUCGUUGAGAGCAUAAUCAUCUGUGAAAUGCCGUAAAGCUAGCGAAGUAUUGUCUCAGAAGCACUUUUACUUUAAAGCAUCAACAAUUGCACAAAAUACUAAAUAGUUAUUAGUAAUAAGGUUUUAAUGUAUUGUUCAGAUGCAAAUAUUUAGAAGAAUCAGCAUGUAAAUACAUUUAGUGUAAGUAAUUUCGAACGCAUCAUUCACAAUGGUGUUGCAUUUUUAUAAGUGAAUUAUUUCAUAAUGGGCUUGUACACAUAUUAGUUAAAAUAUAAUCAUUACUAAAAUACUUGUAUUAGUUGAUAAUUAAUUGUCAAAGCUGUUAUAUUUUCACUCGUUUGUUAUCAAAUUAUAUAUCAUUAAAUAAUUUCAAUCAUAUAAUUGUUUUUUAAUAAUGUAAUCCACACUUAGUAUUGCUAUUUUAGUCUAAAUUUAUACAUUUUGUAAUCUGUGUAUAAUUGGUGUUAGGUCAUAAAUUUGUUAACACCUUAACGACGUACUUUUUAUUGUAUGAUUUCACGAAACGUCUCAAAGAAUAUUAACAAAUUAUCAACACAAGUAUGAUAACAAAUCAUACUUCUAUAGAUUAUUUGAUUAAAUAAUAAAAUAACAAGUGACAGUGUCAACACCUACAAAGUUAUAGAAAAUCAAAAUGGUUGGUAAGUAGUCUAUGCCGACCUAAAAAAUAAUGAAUGAAUACAAUAAAAAUGUGUGAUCGGUAAGAAAUAUUUGUUACUAAUAAUUGUGUAUUCGAUAAAUGUCCCGCUUUUAGUACAGCUUGUAUAUUAUUUUUAUACAAAUGUAAGUAACGCUGAUCGUGUCGAGUAUCUCUUCCAAAUAUUGUGAAGCCUCUGAAUAAUUCAAAAUAUAUUUAUAUUAACUGUUCAAA